UACCAUAGAUCAUAAAUUAUUGUUUGCUAAUGCAAUACUAUAUCGAUAAAAUGUCACCUUUGACAUGUCGAUCUUUCGGCGAGCUGUGGGUCCUGACUCCGCGGCACCACACCAGUGCCUUCAACAACUUCCUCGUCGAUGCCCGCACGCGGAGUUACUCGUGGCGUCAAACCAUUCAUCAAUGACCAGACGUUGACGUCGAGUGGACUGCGCGAGCUUGACGCAGUCGUUGGCGGUGGCUACCUCCUCGGGUCCGUCGUUGUAGUGGAAUCGUCGGUGUUUGGCUCGUUCGGGUCUGAACUCGCCAGAUAUUUCGCCGCCGAAGGGUUGGCCAACGAGCACGUCGUUUACACGGACGCGUCCGUCGUCGCCAGCCUGCCUCUAGAACUCAGCACCGCUCAAAAGCAGUUGGAAGGCCGCAACGGAUUGAGAAUUAGUGUGGUCUUGACUAAAGGGUAA